AUGAUCCUUCAACCUUCUAUCAAUCUUCUCUUGCCUCUGCUACUAAUGGCUAUCCCUUUUAUAAAAGCUGAAAGUCUAAAUCACAUUAUAAACGAGCUGAACAAACGUUUACUUAUCACCACAAACAUUUUAUAUUGCAACCAAACCAACAAACUAGAAAAAUUCGAGAACAAGUAUCUCCGGCAUAUGCCACUCAUCAACCUUAUGAUCUUCACCUCAACUGAAUCCUUUAACAUCAGCCAACUUGAGUAUAACCUAGGAGCUGAUAACAAACUCUUUCUAAUCCUGUGCGAUGAACCGCCCUAUGAUUUCUUUCGGGUCUUAGACUUGCACUUUCAGCACGCUGAAUUCGUUUUGGUAUUGGAUACUCCUUUGGAUCUGGAGAGCGACACCAAGUGGUUCGACUUCGUAAGACACCAAUGGCAGCAGGGUUACGUACAGUUUCUGUUCUAUACCUCCCACGACGAGAAACUCUAUCACAAAAUCAUAUUUCCUGAGUUGGUCAUAGAAGAGGUGUCCAUAGAGACCUAUGCAUCCUUCCGCGGAGCAUUCAGAAACUUACAUGGAUAUCCGAUUCGAGUGGCUGCCUACAACAAUGUUCCGCGGUGCAUGCUUUAUACAGAUCGAUGGGGCAAGAAGGUGAUCUCAGGGUUCUACAUGAAGUUCCUUCGGGCUUUCAUCCACUCCAGGAACGGGAGCUUUGUGCCGGUUCUCACGCCGAGCGAUUCCCCCGGAAAUUGUACGCUGAACUUGAGGAACGAAACGGUGGACGUGUGUUCAGAUGCCCUGGCUGCCAAUCCUGCGGCCUUCAGCCUGACCCACGGAUUCAGGAUAGCCUCGGCGAAUGUCCUGGUCACCCAUGCCAAGCCCCUGCACUCGUAUCGAUAUCUCACCGCUCCGUUUCAGCUGAGCGUGUGGCUCUGCUUGGCCAGCUAUGUGGUGCUGGUGGUGAGCUUCCUCAGCUUCAUCCACUGGUUCAAGUGCAGCAAGUGGGACUUCAGCAAGCACCUGCUCGAGGUGUUCAGCUCGCUGCUCUUCAGCGGCUUCUUCCUGAAGGAGAUCCGCGGCAGGGAGAGGUACAUCCUCUUCGGAGUUCUCUUCAUCGCUGGCUUCGUCUACUCCACGAUGUACUUGGGACUGCUGAAGAGUAUGCUGAUCUCCGAGGUUUUCGAGAGGCAAAUCGACUCCUUUGAGUCGCUGGUGGACAGUAAUAUCACCCUGAUGGUGGAUGCUUACGACAAGACGCUGUUCGCCAAGUACAACAUGCCGGAGAUCCUCCUCACCAUCAUGGAGGAGGUCAACUCGGAGACGCUCCUGCGGCACAGAAACCGCUUCGAUCAGGACUACGCGUACAUCCUGUUCUCGGAUCGCAUGGCCCUGUACGACUACGCCCAGCAGUUCCUGAAGCACCCGAAGCUGCUGAGGAUCCCCAUCGACUUCUCGUUCCUCUACACCGGCAUCCCGAUGCGGAAGAGAUGGUUCCUGAAGGCCCACUUGGGUCGCGCCUGGUACUGGGCCUUCGAGAGCGGACUUACGAGGAAACUGGCCCUGGACGCCGACUUCGAGGCGGUGCGCGUGGGCUACCUCAACUUCCUCGUCACGGAGCACCAGGAGGCGCAGCCCCUGGACGUGGAUUAUUUCGUCAUGCCGGCCAUCGCCCUCGGCGUCGGCUAUCUCCUGGCCCUCAUCAGCUUUGUCAUCGAGAUGACGGCCUGGCGCAUGAGCGGAUUCCUCGGAUGCAAAAUGAAGAUGGAGAAGAGUGCCGGUUGUCCAGACAGCGCUGAUGUGAUCGAUAAUGAAAUCGAAGAGGACAAAUGGAAGCACUUCUUCAAUUUUGCUUGGCAGCUUGGAUAUGUCAAAUUCAUAGUUUACUCCCUGCACAGCAGAAUUGCCUAUGAUAAACUAUUCUUUCCAACAUUAAGGAUAAGGGAAACCAGUAUCAAGGACUAUGCAAACUUUCGUGACUUUCGGAACGUGGAAGGGUUCAAGGUUCGAGUGGCGGCCUACAACAGCAUUCCCAGGAGUUUUAUUUACCAAGAUGCCAGGGGCAAAACGAUAUAUGCUGGGAACAAUACCGUGGAUCUGUGUGCAGAUGCUCUGGUUCGAACGCCUAAUGUUUUCACCAUCUCCAAGGAAGUCAGGCUCUCGUUUGCCAAUGUGAUUGUGCCUUCUGCCAAGCCAUUGAGUUCUUUUCGAUACCUUUCUGGUCCCUUCAAGCUCCAAGUUUGGGGUUUGCUCCUCAUGUACGUGAUUCUAAUCACGGGAUUUCUGUCUCUUAUACACUGGAUAAAAAGCGAAAGAUGGGGCUUCACCCAUACUUUACUCGAGGUGUUUAGCUCAAUUUUAAACCUCGGAUUUCACCUAAAGGCGAUUCAUGGAAAGGAGCGCUCAAUACUCUUUGGAAUCUUAUUCUUGUCAGGAUUUGUUUUCUCCACCAUUUACUUGGGGUUCCUGAAGAGCAUGCUCAUAUCUGAGGUCUUCGAGAAGCAAAUAGAAACCUUCGAGGAGCUGCACGAACAAAACAUUCCACUUCUAAUCGAUCACUAUGAUCGCACGCUCUUUUUGAAACUCUAUUUUCCAGAGCCUCUGUGGGCCGUCGUGCAAUCGGUUUCUUCGGAGACUUUGACCAACCGUCGAAAUAGUUUUGACACGGACUAUGCCUAUGUGAUGUUUCCAGAUCGAAUCGAUAUGUUUCACUAUGUGCAGCAGUACAUGAGACAUCCAAAGUUCCGGAGAAUUAAAAUUGACUUUUGCUUCUUGUUCGCCGGAUUCCCGAUGAGCAGGAAGUGGUUCCUCAAACACGAUCUGAGUCGGGCUUGGCUCCAUGGAUUCGAGAGUGGCUUGUUGAAUAAAAUGGUCGAGGAUGCGUACCGCGAAACCGUGUUGCAUGGAUACCUGAACUCUCAAAAAUGUACCAUGAAAAAGCCUCCUGCCACCGCUAAUCGAAUGAAGAUCUUUUGCGGACAUCCCUUGGAGCGUUUGAUGGCACUUUCGCUGGAUGCCAUUUGGCCAUGUCUUUGGGUCAGUCAGACGCUAAAAAUAAGGAGUGAGGAAGGCAGGCUAACCAAACCGUCCGUGGCACAGCCGCGAAAUGAAACGCUGUCCAAUUAA